GUGUGUGUGGUACAAAUAAAGCACUCCUCCCCUUAUAAGCCACCUCCACUGCCUGUCGACUCUCAUUUUACCAGAAACUGGUGUGGCCGUCAUGUCAUGGACUUCGCCAGUCAUGAUUUUAACAUUUAUGUUGCUGCUGUUGGCUAUCCAAAACUUUGCUCCAGUGGAGGCUAACGGGGACGUCCUUCUGUCAAGACAAAAAAGGCACUGGGUUCCCCCACCAAAACCUCUCACGGAAAACAAGGACUACACCCAGUUGCCAUCAGUUGCCAAGAUCCAUUCUGACUUUGAUGAUGGCAAAGGCAACAUGCAGUACUUUCUGGAGGGUAUCGGGGCGAGCCAGUCCCCAUCAAACGUGUUUGUGGUCGACCGUAAAACCGGGGUCAUAAGGGUGACCAAAGUGCUCGACAGGGAGUUCAUCAGCAUGUACAAUCUGUCAGGUGUCGCAAAGUACAAUGAUGGCAGAGAGGCAGAGAAAAAUAUUGACAUACGCUUCAGAGUCGUGGACGAGAACGACAACUCUCCCAUAUUUUCUGCCAUCCCGCCCGGGGCGGUGAACGAGCUUAGCCCUAUAGGGACAUCCAUCAUGCAAAUCACUGCGACCGAUGCUGAUGAACCAGGGAAUCCUAACUCUCAGAUCUUCUAUAGCAUCGUGGAUCAGAACCCACCAGGGCCAGCAAACAUGUUCAGUGUGGGGAGUGAUGGAACCAUCUUCGUCAAUCGGGCUGACUUGGACAGAGAGGAAGUGGAUAUGUACACUCUGACGGUAAAAGGCCAGGAUCUAAAUGGUGCGGCAGGUGGGAAUAGUGCAACUAGUACUGUCGCCAUUAAAAUCAACGACGUGAAUGACAACGUUCCCACUCUGGAGAAGGAAGCGUAUGAGGGCAGCAUUGAGGAGAACACGUAUGGUGUGGAGGUGAUGAGAAUACAAGCAAAAGACUUGGACCUGAAGGGCACAGAAAACUGGGAAUCUGAGUUUGCCAUCCUCAAAGGCAACGAGGCCGGCUACUUCAGCAUCAUAUCGGACCCAAAGACCAACGAGGGCAUCCUCAUGCUUGAUAAGGCAGUGGACUAUGAGAAUGUAAAGAACCUGGACCUAGGGAUUGCUGUAAGGAACAAGGCUGGACCCUAUAGUGAAAGUACCAUUAAUUUCAAUGGCGGAGGUGGAGGCGGAGGUGGAGGUGGAGGCGGAGGCGGAGGCGGAGGUGGAGGCGGAGCCGGAGGUGGAGGCGGCGGCGGAUCAUCAUCAUCAUUCUCGUCAUCAUCAUCCUCAUCAUGGCAAAGCACAACAUAUAAGUCGUAUAAGACCUAUCCCAUCAAAAUCAAGGUAAAGAAUCAGCGUGAAGGACCACAUUUUGACCCCAAAGUCAAAGUGAUUACCAUGUCAGAGGGAGGCUCCACCAGUAUUUCAAAAGUUAUUGCCCGCUACCAAGCGAUGGACCAGGACACUGGGAAAAUAGCUGAGAAUGUCAGAUAUGUUAAAGGUUCUGACCCUGACAACUGGCUCACCAUCGACCCAGACACGGCUGAGAUCAAAAUGAACAAGAUGCCUGACAGAGAGUCUACUUUCCUGGUUAAUGGGACGUACUAUGCCAAAGUACUCUGUAUUUCAGAAGACAUGCCCUCAAGCACCGCCACUGGCACUGUGGCCAUCCAGGUGGAAGAUUUUAACGACCACUGUCCCACCCUGACCAGUACCAUCGAGAAGAUGUGCAUUCCACAGGAUGCUGUUUUUGUUAGCGCUAUCGACAAGGAUGACUUCCCAAACGGAGCUCCUUUCACCUUUGAAAUCAUUCCAGAAGGCACUAAUGGAAAAUGGCAGGUGGAACAUCUUAAUGAUACGACAGCCAUCCUAAGGGCCCAGGAGUCCUUGUGGCCUGGUUUACAUGAAGUAGAAUUGCUGGUGAAGGACGAGCAGGGGGUGGCGUGCGUGGAGCCGCAGAAGGUGACGGUCCAAGUGUGUACCUGCAAGGAGGGAUUGAUGUGUGGAGUGCGAGGUGGCCACAAAGCCGGGUUAGGACCUGCAGGCAUUGGACUGCUGUUGCUGGGCUUGCUGCUUCUACUACUCAUCCCUCUUCUGCUGCUCUUCUGCCAAUGUGGUAGUGCUGCUGGCAUGCCAGGAGCCUUUACUGAGUUGCCAUUCGACACCAAAGCACACCUCAUUAAUUACCGCACUGAGGGCCAAGGAGAGAAUACGGAGGUGCCGCUAAUGAACAUGCCAACACAAGUGGACGCUGUGGACAUAGCCACUAAAAAUGAAGGAGUCAAAACUGCCAUCUUUCAAGAGAGCAUGGAGCGUAACUUCAGAGAGUCCACGCUGGGCCUGAGGAACAUGCGAGGCAGCGGGUUCUACUCAGAGUUUGAAAGCAGAGCGGCAGCAGGAAGUUAUGAUGACAUUGCUCUACCACAUCACAUCCUCGAACAGUACUAUGCUCAGAAGAUCAACAGUGGAGGGGACCUUGCUGUAAAGGAUGGUCUCUUGACAUAUGACUUUGAGGGCCAAGGCUCCUCCGCUGGCUCAGUAGGCUGCUGCAGCCUCCUGGAGACCGACAACGACCUGCAGUUCCUCGAUGACCUCGGGCCAAAGUUUAAGACGCUGGCAGAAGUGUGUGGUGGCAAGACCAUACAACAAGAUAUUGUGAUCCCUAAGGUACCUGAACCUCUGCCAGAAAUUCCCAAGCUUCCACCAGUUAUCCCCAAAGUAGAGCAUACAGUGAUCAAGGAGACGGAUCGCUCUCAAGUGCUGAAGGAAAACACAACGACUAAAGUGGUGGAAGGGGUACAAAAUCAAGGCCAGAUGUUCCUGCUCCAGCAGCAGCAGCCCGUUUACUACACCACCACUGCCCCUGUCCUGCAACCCAUGCAGUACGUGGUCCAGCCACAAGUCCAGAACACCAUGCUGCUGGCUGAGGCACCAGCUACUAACCUCCAGGGAAUGGUGCUAGCAGCACCCACACAAGGCAUGUUCGUACAGGGGCAGACAAUGGUGUCUGGUGGACAAGCCCAGGCUCCUGGCAUGAUGCUGGUUACUGGUACCCAAGCAGCCCCUGCACAAGGCAUGGUAGUCCGAGGACAGAAGGUGGUGUCCGGUAGAAAGGCUCAUGGGCCUGGCAUGGUGCUGGUGACUGGCACCCAGGCGGCCUCUGCGCCAGGUGUGAUACUUCAGGGACAAUCAAUGGUAACAGGUGGAAAAGCUCCCGGUGCCCCCGGUGUAGUACUGGUAGAGAACAGUGGGAUCCCGGCCAGUGGAGUAAAUCUGAUCAACACUGGGGGUCUUGCAAGUUCCCACACCGUGAUAGAAGGCAAUGUCCCAGUAGGGAAAGUCCUGAGGUCAAGCCAAACCUCCCUCAAACAUGGCGGCAUUCUACUGCCAGGAGUGUCCGCUGGCGGACAAGGACAAACCCUCCUAGCAGAAGGAGGAGUGUCCCUGAAAAGCAACAUCCCUGCAUCACAGACCAGCAUGACGACUAAGUCCAGCACCACAGUGAGCAGAGUCCCUACUUACCGCAAAGUGGUGGUGCAGGAGGAGAAACUCACUGAAUUGUGACCCCGCCAAAUGACUCUUUAAAGCAACGCUAACUUUUGUCAGGGCAAUUCCUCUAGUAUUUUCUUACUGUGCAUGCCAUUUUUUGGUGGCGGGUGUUCUGCAGCAGUUUGCCUCCAAGUGACUCUUUAUGUGGCAGCCUGUUCAUAUUAAGGCUCCUACUUGACGCUUAAACAUCCUCACCAUCAGCACAUCCAUGGAGGGCCAUCUAGGAGACCCAACACUGUCAUCUAUGCAAUAUAGCCCACUGUGGGCCUACUCAUUACACCAAAGGUUCUUGGGUGUACCCAUUUUUAACCCCAGUAGGAUAUGUUGGCUCCUAACCAGGAACAGUCCAGACGUCCAUCAUCAAUGUCCAUCUAAUCCCUGCUUUUGUCUACAUUUUUACUGUUUUGGCAAAUGCAAUUACAUCAACAUAUACGUACUAUGUGUACAAAAUAAUAACAACACACUAUCAUGACAUCUUGAAACGCUCCCACUGGAUAGAAAUAUGCAGAGGAUUUCAACAUUUUGUGUGUCUGUCAAGUUAUGACUGCUGUUACAGCUCAAAUCCCACCCUGAGAUUAACGAUGGUUUUAAAGAGGAUGCUGCACAGGCGCUUCUUAUGCAAACGACAACACAUCAUCUCAAGUCAAAAGUGCCAAAAAGUUAUUCAUUGUGUGUUUGUGUGUAAAAAGAAGAUGCAUGGGAGGGCUAUUUUUGUUUUUAUAAGCCAGGAGAAGGUUGUCAUCUAAUUUUAGUCUAUACAAGAUGUUUUCUAUACAAGAAUAAAAGACAGUGUGGAAAGAUUUAAA